GAGCCAUCUUCCCCCGGCAGACUGACACUUGGGUAGAACGUGAUCAAGAGGGGCACACGGAAUUAUCUGUGGAUCUCCUUAUUUGGAGGCAUAGACGUCUAUAAAACACCAAGAUCGUCGUCGUCAGUCGUGAAGCAAAAGAUGUCGUGUACUCAGUUGAAUUUCUUCACCAUAUCUGACUGAGGAAUAUGUAAACUUUUCAUGUCAGAGGACCAUCUGACUCUAAGAACGGUAAACAUAACUAGGAUCGGGGAUCAAUAUCGAAAUAUCUAAGCAAAUAUAAGGUAGAUCGAUGCCUUAGCCCUGAAGAUAUGCAACGCAAAUGCGCAUAUUGUCCUUACUGAGCGAAAUCCGAACAUCGUCGCCAGUAAAUGUACACGAACAGCUGUUCAAGCUAGCAGAAGUAGCCGAUUGGAGGUUAGCCUUCUAGUGCUAACUUAGUGCAACAGCUAACGAGAGGUAACGUUGGUCAAACCUAGAAGGCAGGAAAACCUAACUGAACAAGUCCGACGUCAGAUUGAAAUCAAGAUUUAAUCUCGAUGACGCGUGUUUGAGUUGUCCGUGUUAGCAGUUGUUCACAAAAUGGGCAUUUCAGCUAACGUCGGCUAGUUGUUUUUUCUAUUAGCAGCCUAGUGUAUUACCAUCGUUAACUGGUGCAUUAAACGUGGGACAAAGGAGAUAUUUGUCAAUACUGACCGGUCGUCUGUUUGACAUCGACUACUUGACAACAUUUUGCCGCGAGAGAAACGCCAGGAUUACUUUAAUGCUACAAUAUCUCAUCUAGAGAUCUAGUGCAGUUAAGCAGUUCGGUUUAAAAGAGUAGGACGACGGGAUGAAGAAAAACGACUUCUUGGCUUCUUGGCGAGUCUUCGUUGGAGCCAAAACGUAUUGGUCUUUUUAGUUGCACAGUUAGUGGGCAUAUUGAGUCCAGCAUUUUCUGCUUUUGGGAUUAUUCGACACAACCAUUUCUUACCUGAGCUUGGCUUGUUUGCUACUUCGGCUGUAGCGGUUGUCGAAAUGUGCUCAAAUACACGAACGAGUAUCAGACUGCUAUUUGCCACACCACCCAAUUCUCGUUUUUUUUUUGGAAUUAUGUAGUUGUGUUUUAGGGCCCAGCAAAAAGCGUAAAGUAAGCCUCUCAGCUGCUAUUUGGUUUCUGGGGACCACCCAUCCCCCAGUCUUGAUAGCCUUUGAUUCCUGGACACCGUUUGUUGGGCUUCCUAUUGAUUUGUAGACCAAAGAAAAGCUGUGACCUCAAGUCACAGUCGUCUAAAGUCUGGACCAAAUCCGGAUUCGUAAAGCGGAUGUAAUGGAACUAAUGUUUGCCGAGUGGGAGGAUGGAGAGAGGUUCUCAUUCGAAGACUCGGACAGGUUCGAGGAAGAUUCUCUGUGCUCCUUCAUCUCUGAGGCUGAAAGCCUCUGUCAAAACUGGAGGGGGUGGAGGAAGCAGUCUGCUGGACCUAACUCACCUACUGUCAAGAUUAAAGAUGGUCAAGUGAUUCCACUGGUAGAGCUGUCAGCAAAGCAGGUAGCGUUCCACAUCCCCUUUGAGGUGGUAGAAAAGGUCUAUCCCCCUGUGCCUGAACAGCUUCAGCUCCGCAUUGCUUAUUGGAGCUUCCCUGAGAAUGAGGAGGAUAUCAGGUUAUAUUCCUGUUUGGCUAAUGGGAGUCCAGAUGAAUUCCAACGUGGAGAGCAGCUUUACAGGAUCAGAGCUGUCAAAGAUCCCCUGCAGAUUGGCUUCCAUCUCAGUGCUACAGUAUUUUCCAGUCAGUCUGGUCAAUCUAAAGGAGCCUAUAAUGUGGCAGUCAUGUUUGACCGCUGCCGUAUCACUUCCUGCAGCUGCACCUGUGGUGCAGGGGCUAAAUGGUGUGCGCAUGUGGUGGCACUCUGCCUCUUCAGAAUUCACAAUGCAUCUGCAGUGUGUCUAAGGGCUCCAGUCUCUGAGUCUUUGUCCAGAUUGCAGAGGGACCAGCUUCAAAAGUUUGCCCAGUACCUCAUCAGUGAGUUGCCCCAGCAGAUCCUACCCACAGCCCAACGGCUUCUGGAUGAGUUGCUGUCUUCACAAUCUACGGCUAUAAACACUGUGUGUGGAGCUCCAGACCCAACGGCAGGCCCGUCAGCAUCUGACCAGAGCACCUGGUACUUGGAUGAGUCGACGCUCAGCGACAACAUCAAAAAGACUCUGCACAAGUUCUGUGGACCUUCGCCUGUCGUCUUCAGCGAUGUAAACUCAAUGUACCUCUCAUCCACGGAACCACCAGCAGCUGCUGAGUGGGCUUGUCUGCUGCGACCUCUGAGGGGUCGAGAGCCAGAAGGUAUCUGGAACCUUCUGUCCAUUGUAAGGGAGAUGUUUAAGAGACGAGACAGCAAUGCUGCCCCACUGCUUGAGAUCCUCACUGAACAGUGCCUCACCUAUGAACAGAUCAUCAGCUGGUGGUACAGUGUUCGGACAUCAGCAUCCCACAGCAGUGCCAGCGGCCACACUGGACGCAGUAACGGCCAGUCAGAAGUGGCAGCUCAUGCCUGUGCUAGCAUGUGUGAUGAGAUGGUGGUUCUAUGGAGGCUGGCAGUGCUCGACCCCACCAUGAAUCCCUGCAGGCGCUUGGAACUGGCAGGACAGCUGAAGCAGUGGCACUUGAAAGUUAUAGAGAUAGUGAAGCGGGGACAACAUCGCAAAUCCCUGGAUAAACUGUUUCAAGGCUUCAAGCCAGCUCUGGAGUCUUGCUAUUUCAACUGGGAGGUGGCAUACCCACUGGAAGGCAUCACUUACUGCAGUGUGGACAAGAAGAGUGGGACAUUCAUCUGGUCCAGGGGACUGCCACACCAGAGAGGAGUCAAAGCUACUGCCGUAGUGGGAGAAUUUUGUGAUUCAGGAGGAGGAGCCAGAAUUGAAUGUGGAGCUGGGGGAGACUAUAAAGGAAGAAGUAGUGGUAACUUUUCACAACAGGAUGUGGCAGUGCGACCAAAAGAAACCAUUCUGACCAAGAGGAAAGGUCUUUCAGUAAAUGGAGGAGGAGGGAUGCUAGUUCGACUAGGAGGGAGCGUCUCACUGUCACUAGAAGAUGGAGGCGGGAAGUGUACGUACAAAGGGCCCGGCUCGACUUCUGGAGGGAAGCUGAAGCUGACACAGGGAGGUGGAAAGGGGCCGUGUGUAGGAAGUCCUGGAGGAAGUGGAAAUUUAGGAAGUAGUAAACAUGCAAGUGCCAAGCGGAGAACCAGUAGUGAGGAUAGCUCCCUGGAGCCAGACAUGGCUGAGCUCAACCUUGAUGAUGGCUGCAGUCUUGCUCUGGGGGCUGAGGCCAGCAACACCUUUGAGUUUCUCCCCCUACAACCAGACAUUCUUCCCUCCCCUAGCCCACUACUCAGAGACUUACGAAAGCAUAGCAUCAGCGGAGGGAGCAUGAUUUUUGAAACAAAGCGCAUCAGCCAUACCGCAGCUACACUUGCUGUAGAACCUGCUUCAAUGUGCCUCCCUUCCAAAGAUUCCUUGGUGGUAGUUGUGGAUGUGCCCUGUGGCAAUGAAAAGGGAGCAGAGGUGGCGGAACCUUUGACGAACUCGGAUGAAGCCGUAGAUUCUGGUGGAAGUAACCAACCUUCUGUGUCCAUAGUGACAGGAAAAGCAGGCUCCAUUCAACCAUCUUACAAGUUAUCAUGCAGUUGCAGAGAGGUGGCUUUGACUGGAGUAGCAGGAAGUGGUGCAGCUGCUUCAGGAGCAGCUAACCCAGGAACAGAAUCAAUAGGUGGAGCUGCAGAAGGAGAACCUGUGGGCGAGGAUGACUAUCAGGCAUACUACCUGAAUGUUGCCUCAGAAGAGGGAGCAGACCGACAAUUGGUUGACAACCACCUGGAGGAGGAGCCAGACAUCUUUGCUGGGAUAAAACCUCUUGAACAGGAGGGACGAAUGGAGGUGCUAUUUGCAUGUGCUGAAGCCCUUCAUGCUCAUGGCUACAGUAAUGAGGCCUGCCGUCUGGCUGUAGAGCUUGCCAAAGACCUGUUGGCCAACCCUCCGGACUUGAAAGUGGAACAGCCACAAACUAAGGGCAAGAAGAGUAAAGUGUCAACCAGUCGUCAAACACAGGUGGCCACUAAUACAUUGUCAAAAGCUGCCUUCCUCCUCACUGUUCUUAGUGAGCGACUAGAGCUCCACAACUUGGCCUUCAGCAUCGGCAUGUUCUCCCUGGAACUCCAGAGACCACCGGCAUCUACCAAAGCACUGGAGGUGAAACUGGCCUACCAGGAAUCUGAGGUUGUGGCUCUGUUGAAGAAGAUUCCUCUGGGUCUGAUGGAGAUGUUGGCCAUAAGAGAGCGAGCGGAGCAGCUUAGGGAUGGAAACUUCUGUGAUUACAGACCUGUCCUACCUCUCAUGUUGGCCAGCUUCAUCUUUGAUGUGCUGUGUACCCCAGUUGUGUCUCCUACGGGUUCCCGUCCUCCCAGCCGCAACCGUAAUAAUGAGAUGCCUGGAGAUGAGGAGCUGGGCUUUGAGGCUUCUGUGGCUGCACUUGGUAUGAAGACAACUGUUAGUGAGGCAGAGCAUCCUUUGCUAUGUGAAGGGACAAGACGAGUGAAGGGUGAUCUCGCACUGGCUCUCAUGAUCACCUAUAAGGAUGACCAAAGCAAACUCAAAAAGAUACUGGAUAAGCUGCUGGACAGGGAGAGUCAAACCCACAAGCCCCAGACUCUGAGCUCGUUCUAUUCGAGCAAGCCAGCAGCUGGCAGUCAGCGCAGCCCAUCCAAACAUGCCAACCACAGUGGGGCUGGUGGUACCGCAGGGGUGGUCUCCAAACAUGCCCCUUCAUCUUCCUCUGCAGCCACAUUGGUUGCCUCUUCUUCCAGCUCUUCCUCUGCUGUGGUACUGACAGGGGAGGAUGUGGUCCCUCAGCCAGAUCUGAACCCAGUGCCAAACAGUAUAGCUGGAGAGAGCACUGCUGAGACCAGGGAGCAUGGUUCAGAUGGGCCUCCUGCAUCAAGUGACCAGCAGAGUGAAACGACAGCAUUUAAGAUGGAGGCUACAGUGCCCAGUCGGCUGGCUCUGGGAACACGCUGUGGAUAUAGCCAACGCUGUUGGGGAUCACCAGUUCGGCAGAAGAAGAAACACACUGGCAUGGCAAGCAUCGACAGCAGUGCUCCAGAGACGACCUCCGACAGUUCCCCCACUCUCAGCCGACGACCACUCCGAGGCAGCUGGGCAGCAGCUUCCUGGGGACGGGGCCAGGACAGUGACAGCAUCAGCAGUUCAUCAUCUGAUUCACUGGGCUCCUCCUCCUCUAGUGGCUCUCGCAGAGCAGGGGGUGGGGCCAGGUCCAAGAGCACUGAUGCCAGCAGGUACAAAGGGCGACGUCCAGAGUGCCACGCACCUCAUGUGCCCAACCAACCAUCCGAGGCAGCAGCCCAUUUUUACUUUGAACUGGCAAAGACAGUGCUGAUCAAAGCUGGGGGUAACUCCUCCACCUCAAUUUUCACCCAACCUUCAGCAACUGGGGGUCACCAAGGGCCCCAUAGAAACUUGCACCUAUGUGCCUUUGAGAUUGGCCUGUAUGCUCUUGGCCUCCACAACUUUGUCUCACCCAACUGGUUGUCCAGGACCUACUCCUCCCAUGUGUCCUGGAUCACUGGACAGGCUAUGGAGAUUGGCAGCGCUGCUCUUAAUAUUUUGGUAGAAUGCUGGGAUGGUCACCUCACCCCUCCUGAGGUAGCAUCUCUGGCAGACCGAGCAUCGCGGGCAAGGGACCCCAACAUGGUUCGGGCAGCAGCGGAGUUGGCUCUGAGCUGCCUGCCUCAUGCCCAUGCCCUAAAUCCUAAUGAAAUCCAGAGAGCCCUGGUGCAGUGCAAAGAGCAGGAUAAUGUGAUGCUGGAGAAGGCCUGCAUGGCUGUAGAGGAAGCAGCCAAGGGUGGAGGUGUGUAUCCUGAAGUUCUGUUUGAAGUGGCUCACCAGUGGUACUGGCUGUAUGAGCAGUCAGUUGGUGGGGGCUCAGGUCAGCUGCGUGAGACCUCUGGACGCUGUGGAGCCAACGGUGGUUCUGGCAGAAGACCGCCAGAGUCCAGCUGUAGUGUCCUAGACAGUGGUGCAAACAUGGAGUCUCCAGGAGUGGCAGCAGUCACAGCCUCAGUUACAGCAGCAGCCGUUGUACCCGUCAUCUCUGUAGGCUCCACCAUUUUCCAGUCCCAUGCAAUGCCUGGGCAGGCUAUUGCUCACCCCCACAGUCAGGGUCUCCACCCCUACACCACCAUCCAGGCUCAUCUCCCCACCGUCUGUACCCCUCAAUACCUGGGACACCCUCUGCAGCAUGUACCCCGGCCCACUGUCUUUCCUGUGGCUGGGGCUGCAUAUCCACAGGGAAUGCAUCCAGCAUUUAUUGGUGCCCAGUACCCAUUUUCUGUGGCCACCGGCCCCCAGCCAUCUAUGGCAGCCACAGCUGUUACCUUUCCUGGUGUUCCUGUACCAUCGAUGACUCAGAUCGCAGUACAUCCCUACCACACUGAGACCGGUUUGCCCCUCAGCACCACUGUAGCAGUAGGUAGCAUACACUCUGGCCCCACUAUCCAAGCCAUACAGGGUGCAUCUCUGCCCUCUGUUUCUGCCCAGCCCACCUCAUUGCUCAGCACUCCUUUCGCAGUGGAAGAUGAGCAACACAACCAUCCAGUCAGCCAACAGGGCCUUCACUAUCUACAUUCUGCUUACAGAGUUGGCAUGCUAGCACUGGAGAUGCUGGGCAGGAGAGCCCACAAUGACCAUCCCAACAACUUUUCGAGGAGCCCACCUUACACCGAGGACGUCAAAUGGCUGCUUGGACUUGCUGCAAGGCUAGGAGUCAACUAUGUGUAUCAGUUUUGUGUUGGAGCAGCAAAGGGUGUUCUCAGUCCAUUCGUCCUACAGGAGAUCAUCAUGGAGGCUCUGCAAAGGCUGAACCCUGCCCACAUCCACGCCCACCUCCGAACGCCUGCAUUCCACCAGCUCGUCCAGCGCUGCCAACAGGCCUACCUGCAGUACAUCCACCACCGGCUCAUCCACCUGACGCCUGCUGACUAUGAUGACUUUGUUAACAUCAUACGCAGCGCUCGAGGUGCUUUCUGCCUGACACCAGUGGGCAUGAUGCAGUUUAAUGAUGUGCUGCAGAACCUAAAAAGAGGCAAGCAGACCAAGGAGCUAUGGCAGCGUAUAUCCCUGGAAAUGGCAACUUUCUCUCCCUGAGCAGCACACUCGAAAUAUUGUGCUGUGUUUGAGCCUGGGCACACAGCUUGUAGCAUUGCUAAUGCUGCUGCACUGAACUGCCAACAUUCAUGUUAACCAGUUCCUUAAGGGACCUUGCUCCCUGUUACAUGGACUCAAAACCUGCACAUGCAGUACAAGUGGCUCCCAUGUUCCCAACUUAAAGACUUUUUAUAUCUGUGUGGAAAAACACACAGCUUCCUCCUCCUGGUCAACUUCCUGCCCCUGGUCAACUUCCUGCCCCUGUUCCUGCCUAAUUCCACAAUCUUGUUUUGUCAUUGUUCAUGUUUUUGUAAUUGUGGUAUUACAGUGAAUUUCAUCCUUUCUUCAUUUCCCCUGAACUUGAAGACAGAAGGGGAUCUCUCACCCUCCAUCUUUACUUAUUUUCCAGUGUUUUGUAGUUUUGUUUUGUUUUUUAAUGAAACCACAGAUUGUGCUUCAUAUUCCCACUCCAAUGUUCCUGGCAUUACUUAACAAAUGUUGUCUUUAUGGAUCUGAAUCUUUGGAGUAUGUGUUGUUGAAAAACAAUAUUUGCAAGGAAGAUUAAUGAGAAAAGAUUAAUUGUCAGUGCAGGUGAGUUUUUUUUUGUUUUUUUAGAUUUGUUUAAUUGGUUUUGAUACUUUAUAUAGACUAUGACAUUAUGCAGAGUGGAAUGGGAAGCAAAUGCAAACGUUGAAGGAGCUGUUGUGUGGGAUCCAUAGGUACAUUUCAGUCUACAUAUGUGUUGAACAUGGUUCCAGACCAAAACCAGAGCCCCCAUUACAACUUUAGGGUCAAACAGAACAUGCAAGGGCUUCUCCAAAUAUACCCCUACUCACUGUCGAGUGUCUGGAUCAGUCUUUUGUUGUGACUUGUCAGUCGGACUCGCUAUCACUGUACACUGAUGAUGUUUCUUUUUCUUUUUUUUUUUUCAGAACUCGUAGGGCUACAUUACAUUUUUAGUUCAGUAAAGUUUUUCUAGAAAAGAUUUCUUGACAUUUAGCAGAGGAAUCCAAAUGUGUCCCAUAUAGUUGGUUAUAUAGUCUCAAAACAACAAGCAUUUCAACACUUACCCAUCUUAGCAUUUUUUUCCUGGAGGUGGUGAAGUUAGCCAGAUGUACAUUUUUCAAACUAAUUCUCAUGAUUGUUCUUCCAGUGUGAUAUUUACAGCAAAACACAAGCAUACAGUUUACACUUCUGAUGAAACAUACUUUUAAAUGUAUCUUUGUGUAGUUUGCCUGUGUGCAGUGUCUUCUUUUCUUCAUACAGGUAAGAGACACCCUGACCGUUGUAUAGGCCCCUACUACAGUUCUGUAGAAGAAGUAGUUAGUUUGGCAAAUGUACAUCUUAAAUGGGCAUGUGGCUGUCUUAUUUACUACGCGGGCAGGGCUGAUUAUGACUGUUCUUCAGCCAUCUUUUUCAAGGAUUGCAGUUUAAAAUAAAACCCAUGCCAAUUUAGAACCACUGAAUCUGUUUGAAUUUAUAGACUCCUUUAAGUCUUUAUUUUGCUGACAUUGAUGUGGAGUAGUGUCUGCAGUGGCUAUUCUGUGUAGGCUGUCUUGCACAUGAGCAAUGCGGUUUCCCCUCUAUACUUUCAGAGACAAUGAUUUUGCCACACAGUGGCCAAUGAGUAUUGCGCUGCUGUGGUUUGGCUAUGGCGAGCCCUGCUUCAUUGAGUCCAAACAUUCACCCAGACUUCUCACAUCUCAGAGAGAGGCCCCUUUGUUCAGUGUGUUUAGCUCUAGACCAUGGUGCUGUUACUUCAACAUAUGAAUGCUCUCUGUCCAGGCAGCUGUUGUGAUUCUGAAUCUGCCUAUUUUGUUGGUUGUGGACCUCACAGGUGAAGGUGACUUAGUAGAAAAUGUACUGUGAUAUUUUUGUAUUUCUCACAAGUGUAGAUUGAUUGCAGAGUUCUAUAUGUGCUGAUUGCAAAGGGUUCUAAUUCAGAGUGAAAACAUUAAACAAAAAAAGAUAUAUAAAAGCAAUACUAAGUGUGUACAGUUUACUUAAUAAAGAUAAUUCAAAACACUUAA